AUGGCUCGUCUCACAACUCUUCUCUUUGCCAUGUGGCUUGGUGUGACAGUGAGCACAGUGGUCGAUCUGGAGAAGAGAAUCUUCGGAGGUGAAGAGUGUGGACCAAAGGAGCGUCUGUACCAUGUCAAGGUGAUAUCAACUGAUAUGGACCGACAACGGUUCCGUUGUGGCGGCUCUCUGAUCAGUGACCGAUGGAUUCUGACUGCAGGUCACUGCUUUAAGCCAGGACGGACUUUCACCGCAUAUAUAGGCGUGCAUCCUGGUCCUCCUCAAGUAGUGAGAAUCACAGAGAAACCUAAAAUCUUCAACGACGGCAAGAUACACGACCUCAUGUUACUGAAGCUGCCUGAAGCAGUAGGUAUCAAACCUGUACAACUUCCCGACUGUCAACAUCGUCCCACGAUAGGUGCUGUGGUUCAGGUGGCAGGUCACGGUAUCUCGAAGCUUGGCCCAAAUAAUGAAAAACGACGUGGUUUUCCAGACACUCUGCAAUGUGCUGAUAUGAACAUCACCGACUGUCAAGGUCGAAUCCAUGAGCACUGGAUCUGUUACAGAGCACGUUCGAUGGAUACAGGUGGCGGUGACUCUGGUGGAGGAGUGGUGUACAGGGACAGGAUUUAUGGUGUCCAUGUAAAGGGUCAUCCUACACAUGCCUUUGCUGCACCAGCUGUAUCUAUGGACCUCUGUUAUCCGCCAUACUUGAAGUGGAUCAAGGAUACUAUCAAGCAACCAUGA